AUGCUCGCCCGCAUCUUCAGAGCAGCGUCGCCAUGCCUCAAUCGAUUCAUUCUUCUCUACAGGCACUACCAUUCUCCAUUCAUUGCCAUCAGAGAGCGCUUCCGAAAAGGCGAUCACUUGGGAACCAUCUCUCUCUUCAUUCAAAUGAGUAGAGAACGCACUCUCAAUCCGGAGAGACCUUUGUUUCUCUUGCUUCUCAAAUCAUCACUUGCUCUUUCUUCGUAUCGUCUCGGAAUCUCACUUCAUGCCCACAUUAUCAAGAUUGGCCUUAAAAAUGAUGUCUUUAUUAGUACAGCCUUGGUUGAUAUGUUGUGCAAGUUAUCUUGCCUUGGACCUGCACGAAAGGUGUUUGAUGAAAUGCCAGAACGAGAUGUUGCUGCAUGGAAUGCUAUGCUUGCAGGGUAUGCUAAAUAUGGGUAUGUUGAUCAGGCGAUGUCUCUGUUUCGUGAUAUGCGUUGCUGUGGUGUGGAGCUCAAUGCUUUGACGCUCUCUGUUUUGCUUCAGGUGUGUUGUGGUGGUCCGCAUGAUGGGAAGCUCAGGCUUGGCAAGUGCAUUCAUGCUUAUGUUUAUAGGCGUGUUUUGCUUGCUGACAUUUUCUUGUGCAAUUCUCUUCUUGUUUACUAUAAUCAUUGUGAUUCUGUGUGUGCAUCUGAGAGGCUCUUUGAGAGUAUGGGCGCCCGGGAUGUGGUUUCUUGGAAUGCCAUGAUGUCCGGAUAUACUAGAAAUGGUUUUGCUUGGAGAGCUUUGGAAGCAUUUCAAUUGUUGAGAGUGGAGGAGGGGUUGGCUCCAGACCUUGUCAGUGUUGAGACUGCAUUGCAGGCUUGUGCUCAGAUAGGUGAAGAGGCUAUUUUUGGUGGAGAGAUGGUCCAUGCAGUUCUAUUUAAGUUUGGAUUUCCUAUGGAUGUGUAUGCUGAGAAUUGUCUUCUUCACAUGUACUGCAAAUGUGGGAAGAUUGAGACUGCCCAUUAUUUGUUUGAUGUAAUGGAAACUAGGAACAUCGUCUCCUCAAAUAUCAUUGUCCAUGGUUAUGUCCAGAUUAAUGAGCCUAAGAAGGCCAUUGCUGUCAUUCGACAACUGCGUUUUGUGGAAGCACAAAUAAGUUCCGAUGUACUUGUCAAUGCUUUACAAGCUGUUAAGCUAUUGGCGUCACGGUUAGAAUGUGUUUUGUGUAUGCAUUGCCUUGUCAUAAAGAUGGGAUAUGGUUGUGAUGAAUUUGUGAGUAGUUCUCUUAUAGAUGUUUAUGGUGAUCAUGGGGAAGCUGAAUUUGCACGGAAAUGCUUAGAUGAUGUGGUGGGAGAACAGAAGAAUGCUACACUUUGCUACAACACCAUGCUUUCUGUGUAUUUGCAUCAAGAUUAUUACUCACAAGUUUUUGAACUCCUUCGUCUUAUGUGUCAGAAUGACUGUAAGAUAGAUUCUGUCACCCUUGUGAAUGCUGUAUCAGCUUGUGCCCGAUGUUUGGAUUUGAAUUUAGGCAGGGUUAUGCAUGCAUAUAUAUUAAGAAAGGGGUUUGAUUCAGAUGUCUACGUUGCAACCUCACUAAUAGAACUGUAUUCGAAAUGUGGUCAUUUAAGCUUUGCUUGCUGGUUGUUCUCCAAAAUGUCUUUCAGGAGCAUAGUCUCAUGGAACUCAUUGAUACAUGGCUGUGUAGAAAAUGGUUUUCCUAGGGUGUCUCUGAAGCUUUUCUUUUUCAUGCAAUUGCAAGAUGGUUUUAUGCCAGAUUCAACAUCAGUUGUUGGGGCUGUUGAAUCAAUUGGUCUUAGAGGGUAUGAAAAUGAAAGAAACUAUAUUCACAACUUUGCUAUUCAGUCAGGUCUUGCUAGUGAUGAGUAUGUUGCCAAUGCAUUGAUAAGCAUGCAUGCAAGAUUUUGUGAGUUUGAGAAGGCAAGACUAGUGUUUGAUGGAGCUUGCAAAGACAGAACAGUCAUCUGGAAUACUUUUAUGUCAGAGUACACUUAUCAUGGCAUGUUGGACAAUGCUGUAUCAGUUUUUUCCCUGAUGAAGCAUGAGAAUGUCUCACCUGAUUCAGUCACCAUACUUUGUUUACUUCGUAUUUGUGCAUUUUUAGGUUCAUUGAGUUGCACAAGUGUGGUACACACAUUCAUAUGCAAAAAUGGAUAUGAUUCUGAUGCACAUGUUGAAACUUCACUUUUGGAUGUCUAUGCCAAAUGUGGUGACUUGCACAGUGCUCGGUUGUUGUUUGAUAAGAUGAACUCCAAAACCGUCGUAUCAUGGAAUUCCAUGAUUCAGGCUUAUGGAAUUCAUGGAAAUGUAGAGGAAGCCAGCAAUCUUUUUUCCCAACUGCAGCAAUCUGGAAUCUUACCCACCAUUGUUACUUUUCUCAUUCUUAUAUCAGCAUGCAGCCAUGCUGGAGAUGCUGAGAAAGGCUGGCAGUAUAUUGAUUUAAUGACACAAGCUUACUCACUCUCACCGGGAAGAGAGCAUUUUUCCAGUUUUAUUGACCUUCUUGGUCGCAGAGGAUUAAUCAAGGAGGCAUAUGAGUUUCUUGAAAAUCUUCCUGUGAACCCUGGUGUUAGUGCUUGGGGUGCACUCUUUGGUGCUUGUCGAGCUGAAGGUAACUUGAAAGUGGGGUUGGCAGCAGCUAAGAAAGUGUUUGACAUUGACCCUUUGCAUUGCGGAUACUAUUCGCUGUUGUCCAAUAUGUUCAUGGAGGCUGGUAGGUGUAUUGAUGCAUUUAGGAUCAGAAGGAAAGUCGAAAGCAUGCAAGUCAAGAAGGUGCAGGGUUACAGCAUGAUUGAAAGCAUUUACUGAUUCACAGUGACACAAGAGAAGUGGUGUUGUCUGCAUCAUGUAUCUUUGAGAACAGGACGGUGACCAGCUCUGCAUAAAGAUUUUGAUUUAGUGCCUGGUAUGGACUCAUUUCUGCAGCAUAUUUACUGCAUGAGAAGCUGAACAACAAAAGUUAUCUCCCAAAUUCUGGAUGAUUUAGAAGAAACUGGAUGGAGACCAAUUUAUCAGACACAUGAAAAGCAGGUACUUGGUAUUUAUUACAUCCUAUGAUUAAAUAACUCUUCUGUCAGGUACCAAUUAUGUUGCAAUGUUCUUAAUAAUCUGGU